AUGGCUGUAAUGAGUAUCAUCGACCGCAUGCCGGAGGUCCGAAUCGACAUGCUGGCAUAUGUUUCUUUGUUUGUCAUCUUGACACUGGCAAUACGAAGCUACUUGGUCCCAAAACCAAGUGCGCCUUUGCUCAACCCGAGACGCUUCUACGAGUUUUCAGAUGAUGGUCCAGUGUCUAGAAUCCUGACCACCACACGCCAAACCAUCGAAGAAUGGUUUUCCAAGCACCCAGCAACACCUAUGCGCCUGAUAUGCGAUUUGGGCGAGAUUACCAUUUUACCUCCGUCAAUGGCCGAUAGUAUCAAGAAGGAUUCACGUCUCAGUUUUAUCAAAGCAUCAAACGAUUCGGCCUUUCAUAUUUCGAUUCCCGGUUUUGAGCCGUUCCGUGAGGGUGGAAUGCAUGAGGCAGCACUGGUAAAAAACGUUGUUCACGGGUAUUUGAAGAAAGAAUUGAACCGUAUUACUCUACCGCUGGCUCAAGAAACAUAUAUGGCUAUCGAAGACUACAUUGGUAGUAGUAAAGACUGGCAUAAAGUUCCUCUAAGAGACACAAUGCUACCUUUAAUCACGAGGAUAUCAAGCCGUGUAUUAUUGGGUGAGGAUCUGUGUCGAAACGAAGAGUGGAUACGAAUUGCUUCAGAGUAUUCUGUCACUAGUACUGACAUGGCAGCUCGCCUACGCAGAUGGCCUCAGUAUUUACGCUACACAGUUUCUCUCUUCUCUCGCCAAUGCCGAGUGCUGAGAAAGCAGGUCAGUGACUCUCAUGCUUUCAUCGAUCCCAUUCUUGAGCGACGUCGAUUAGAGGAGAAAGGUACUGUAUACAAUGACUCUUUGGAAUGGUUUGAGAAAACCGCGAAAGCUCCGUACGACCCAGCAGACACGCAGUUGUUUCUUACUGCUGUAUCGAUCCAUACUACGGUUGAUCUCCUAUGUCAAGCUAUAACAGACAUUUGCGCUCAUCCUGAAAUCAUCGGUCCACUGCAAGAUGAGAUCAGAGAGGUUAUCAAGGAGGAGGGAUGGAAUACGAAAGCGUUGUACAAGAUGAAACUCCUUGAUAGCGCGCUUAAGGAAACUCAACGCUUGAAACCUGUUCAAAUUGCUUCGAUGGUGCGGGAAGCGCUCGAGGACAUUACACUUGAAGAUGGCACAUUUAUUCCCAAAGGCCAUCAACUUGCAGUCUCGUGCCACAACAUGCGCGAUGAGAAAAUAUACCCCAAUGCGGACGAAUGGGAUGGCUACCGCUUCUUUCGUGAAAGAGAACAAGCAGACGCCGCCAGGGAGGAUAAGAUCCAACUAUCUUCGACUAGUGCCGAGCACAUGGGCUUUGGUUACGGAGAACACGCCUGCCCUGGUCGCUUUUUUGCAGCCAAGGAAGUCAAGAUUGUCAUGAUGUAUCUUUUACUCAACUACGAGUGGCGAAUUCCCCAAGGUACAAAGUCGGAGCCAGUCAAGUGCUGUACGAUAUGGGUUACGGAUCCAACUUUUGCACUCGAGGCGCGCAAAAAGGGAGAUGACCCUGCUCUGCACCUGGCUUAUUAG